CUUUGGGCAGUGAUUCGAGUAUCCCGAUGGAUUUGGAGUUUCAACGACUCUGACAAUGUAGUGUCGGAGUGGAGGUGAAAGCGGGUUUACGCGAAGAAAGGAUUUCUUUUUAAACAGGCUUUUAUUCAUAAAAUAGUGUUUUCUUUUCUUGUAGCUAGGCUGCCAAGAGACCUGUGCGACGUUGAUGAAGUCCUCGUCGGGCGCUGGGCGAAUAGACAACUGCGGGCUUGCACCAUCAGAAAGUGCAAAAAAAGUGCACGAAAUUACUUGCCGAGUGAUCAUAAGCGAGAGACACUGAUUUUUGUCAUUCUUUUUUUCACCCAGCGCGUGAAUUCUGUGCUGGGUUGGGAAAAGAAUGGAGACGCGGAUAGUUCGACAUAGAGUCUCCGGACUUAUCAUCUCUUUCGUUUUAACCUUGCGUCUGAUACAUGUGGCUCAGGGCUCCAGAGUGUGGGGAGACUUGGCACUGCCAGAAGACCUCGAAGCGGGGCGGGGCCAUCGGAGGUGGGAGCGAUACCUGGCCGAGUCGGACGACGAGGACUUCGCUGUGGAGGAGCCCUCUGGAGAGGAGCCCAGCGGGGAAGAGGAUGGGAGUACACCGGAGCCCCCUGAGGUCACCCCCACAGCCAUCGCCCCCACAAUCUACUACCGUGCACUGGUAAACUUCACGGACUCCUUCCCAUACAGUCCAGAGCUGGAGGACAUUUACUCGGACACAUUUCAGAAAAUCUCAGACGACAUUGUGACCUCGUUGGAGGCUCUGUACAACCAGAUCACAGGAGUCCAGACUGUCAAUGUUGUACUCAUCAAGAAACUGGGCAAGGACAUAUUCGUGGAGCUGGACGUGGGGUCAGACUACAACUCGGAUGACAAGGAGAUCCGCGAGGUCCUUCAGACUGCCGUUAGGGAGAGCUCUGUGGCCUCCUUCAGGACCUCCGAGCAGGGCUUCCAGUUCCGACGCCUCGGGGAAGUUGUGCCGAGUCGGCGGGCCUGCAUGGAGGACGAGUUCAUGUGCCUGGAUGGGGACUGCAUCCUGCUGGAGUAUCUGUGCGACAAGAGGCCUGACUGCCUGGACAUGAGCGACGAGCUGGACUGCGACCAGGUCGUAAUUCCCACAACUACACUUGCUCCAACUCCUACCACCAUCGAACGCAAAGUCCCCUCACCCCCAGUGCUCGGGCCCUGCCGGGUGGACCAGGCCACGUGCCCGACCGGGGAGUGCAUCCCACGGGACUACCUCUGUGACGGGGAGAAGGACUGCCCCGAUGGCAGCGAUGAGCUCAAGUGCGGAACCCCAUCUCCCUGUGAGCCCAACGAGUUCAAGUGCCAGAACGGGCGCUGUGCCCUGAAGCUGUGGCGCUGCGAUGGGGACAAUGACUGUGGGGACAACUCCGACGAGAGCUACUGCCCCACCAAAGGCCCAGGUGACACCUGUGCUCCUGAGCAGUUUGUGUGCCUGGGCGACCGCACCUGCAUCCCAGCCAGCUACCAGUGUGACGAGGAGCCGGACUGCGCUGACCGCUCGGACGAGGUCGGCUGCGAUCCGCCCGUGGUGACGAGCCCGCCGGAAGAGUCCAUCACGGUGGCGCGGGGGGAGACAGUGACCUUUACCUGCAUGGCUGUGGGUGUUCCUACCCCCAUCAUCACCUGGAGGCUGAACUGGGGUCACAUCCCCGUGAGCGGCAGGAUCACCAUGACCAGUGAGAACGGGCGUGGCACCUUGGUCAUCCGGGAUGUGAAGGAGGCAGACCAGGGAGCAUACACCUGCGAGGCCAUCAAUGCCAAGGGCAUGGUGUUCGGCAUCCCAGAUGGAGUCCUGAGCCUCAGCCAGAACCCAGAUGACUGUCCCGAUGGACACUUCAAUGUGGCGGGCAAUCCACGCUGUGUCCCCUGCUUCUGUUUCGGCAUCACCAAGUCCUGCCAGAGCAGCAGCCGCUACCGCAGCCAGAUCCGCCUACGCUUCAACCAGCAGGGCGACUUCAAAGGUGUCAAUGUGUCCUUCCCCUCCAAGCCGACCGUCUCCCCUCUCUCCAGCAACCAGCUCCUGAUCAAUCCCAAAAUGGAGGAGUUUCAGCUGGUGGACCUGUCCCGGCGCUUCCUGAGUAUCGAAUCCCAUUGGGCGCUGCCUCGCCAGUUCCUGGGCAACAAGAUCGACUCCUAUGGGGGUUUCCUGAGGUACAAGGUGCGCUAUAACCUGGGUAAGGGGGAGUCGGAGCCACUGGAAAGGCCGGAGGUUGUCCUGGUGGGGAACGGACGGACCCUUGUCUACCGCCGGGGCACUGCCACGCCCCCGCGAACCCUCACCCAGAAAGCAAUCAAGUUCACAGAGGAACACUGGCAGCACUCGUCCGGCCGCGCGGUGGCACGCGCCGACCUGAUGAUGACCCUGGUCAAGCUGGAGAGCAUCAACAUCCGCACCAUGUACGACGGUCACAUGAUCAGCGUGUCGCUGAGCGACAUCGUCAUGGACACCACCAGCACCGAAGGCAACGGCCGCGCCCUGGACGUGGAGGAGUGCAGGUGUCCCAAAGGAUACUCGGGCUUAUCGUGUGAGGUCUGUUCCCUCGGGUUCGAGCGGGUGCCUGGCGGCCCUUACCUUGGAACCUGCGGAGGCUGCAACUGCAACGGACACGCCAGCGCCUGCGACCCUGUCAGUGGCCACUGCCUGAGCUGCCGGCAUAACACGGAGGGGCCACAGUGUGAUAAGUGCCGCCCAGGCUUCUUUGGGGACCCCAGGCGAGGCAAACCGGACGACUGCAAACCAUGCCCGUGCCCCGUCACGGACAUAUCUCGCCGGUUCUCUGCCACCUGUUUCCUGGACACUGACUCUAAGCCCACGUGUGACGCGUGCCGACCUGGCUACACCGGACGCCAGUGUGAACGCUGUGCGUCUGGCUAUCAGGGGAACCCCCUUCUACCCAACGGCAAAUGUGUUCUAAAACCUGCAGCAAGCUCAAAGUGUGACGACAGGGGGACUCUGAAAUCGAACGGCAGGCCGUGCACCUGCAAGUCUAACGUGGAAGGGGCUCUGUGCGACGAAUGCAAGCCGGGCUCCUUCCACCUGACGGCGGACAAUCCCGACGGCUGCCUGCAGUGUUUCUGCAUGGGGGUGACCAGGACCUGCACCAGCUCCACCUGGAACAGAGACCAGGUGCGGGGUGGCACCAACGGGCAGCUCUUCACCCUCUCCAAUGGAGCCAACACCAGGACCAUCACCGAGGGCAUCAUCCAGAAGGGCUCCUCUGAGGUGGCCUUCCGCUCCUUCUCCAGUGUCCCCAGUGACAUCUACUACUGGGUCCUGCCAGAGAGCUUCCGGGGUGACAAGGUGACGGCCUAUGGCGGGGACCUGCGCUACACAGUGCGCUAUGAGCCCCGCCAGCGCUCCAUUGUGACCGCCGGACAGCCAGAUGUGGUUCUCCAGGGCAACGGCAUCUUCCUAGAGCACUACUCCAAAACCAAGCCCCUCCCCCGCGUCCCAACAACCAUCACCGUGCGCUUCAGGGAGUCUGCAUGGAAGCGUGCUGACGGGCAGCCCUGCACUCGUGAGCACCUCCUAAUGGCCCUGGCUGAAACUGCGGUCUUCAUGAUCCGAGCCACCUACGCCGACAGCAUGUCUGAGACCAGUAUCUCGGAAAUCCAGAUGGACAUCGCGGUGCCUCGCUCCACAGGCAACAAGCCGGCCCUGGAGGUGGAGGAGUGUGCCUGCCCCCAGGGAUACAGAGGGCCCUCCUGUCAGGAGUGUGAUGUGGGCUACAGCCGCACCAGCUCAGGGCUUUAUCUGGGCACCUGCGAGAGGUGCGACUGCAACGGGCACGCUACCAGCUGCGACUCCGAGACCGGGGAGUGCCUGCAAUGCCUUCACAACACGGUCGGGCCGAACUGUGAGCGCUGUCUGCCUGGUUUCUACGGCGACCCUACGAUUGGCGGCCAAGAUGCCUGUCAGCCAUGCCCCUGCCCUGGUACCUCCUCCAACAACCAGUUCUCCAAGCAAUGCUACUUGGACUCAGACAACCAGCCUACUUGUGACAGCUGUCCCCCUGGUUUCACUGGCCGCCGCUGCGAGAGGAGGGGAGAAAGAACCGUGAACACGUGCAAGGACCUGUCCCUGAACGGGAGGAAUGAAGGGUUUAUCCCGCUGGCAUGCAGCGAAGCCGUCUACAACUUCGGCCACCAGAAGAAGGUCAUGGUGGACGGCAGCGGCGAAGGCAGCCCCGAUGAGGAGCACGGGGGCGGCCGCGUGACCUCCGGUCCCAUCGACGUGGGCAUUUCGAAGGUCCCCUCCCGCACCCUGCUCUCCACCACCAUGCAUAGCCUCCUCCCCACCAGGUGGCACACCACCCCGACCGCCCGCUCGGCCGCCGUCAGCUUCAACCGGACCGGCGUGCGUGUCCCCUCCCGCUCUACGCCCAGCCCACACACUCGCCACCACAGCUUCCAGUUCCUCCUGAGGCUGUCCAUGAACAGCUUCAACCGGCGCAUGAGCAUGCUGGAGGGCAACAGCCUGGACGUGAAGGAGAGCAUCCAGAGCAUGCGGGCACAGCAGCGGCAGCUCAGCUCCCAGCUGGAGAAGCUCACCGAUAUGCUCUCCGCCUCCGAGAAGCGGGACAGGAUCAUGGAGCUGGAGAGGAACUACACCGACAUGGAGGUCAGGCUGAGCCGGCUGGAGGGCAAGCUGGAGAUCCUCAUCGAUGGCUUCACCGCCCUGGCUCAGGAGAUCAACAAGCUCAAGCGCUCCAAGCACUUCUCCCGCUCGGCCCAGGAGCCACACCACCCGCCCUUGGUCACCACCCUCCCCGCGCCCGCCCUUGCCCUCACCACGCCUGCCGGGAGGACUCCCACAAGCACGGUCGCCGUGCGGAGGAGGACGACCACUUCGGCAAGCUUGUCAACGUCCACCAGCGUCACGACGCAAAGGACAGUGACUGCCCGCCGCCCCAUUAAAAAGCACAACACGCCGGUCGCUCCAAAACGAACUGUCCAAGCUCUCAACAACAACCCCAGCCAAGAAGAAGAACCGGAAUGGUUUCAAGAGUACUGCUCAGCCCAGUACUGUGCCGAGACCAGUCCAAGAACAAACUCCUACAACGCUUGCUCCAACGAAACCCCCCCGCUCAAAUCGCCGUGUGCUGCAGGUUACAUAGGGAACCCAGUGCUGGGACAGCCCUGUAUCAUCAGCACGGGGAACUGCAAAGCCUGUGACCCAAGAGGAAGUGAUGGAUGUGACUCAGAUGGCACCUGUCGCUGCAAGACGCACACAGAGGGUCCCUCCUGCAGCUCAUGUAAGCAGGGUCACUUCCACCUGAGCGCCGAGCACAAGGAUGGCUGCCUCCCCUGCUUCUGCAUGGGGGUCACCCAGCAGUGCUCCAGCUCCGCAUACUACCGGCACCCGGUCUUGUCAGCCUUCACCCCAGGUGACUUCCAGGGCUUUGCGCUGGUGAACCAGCAGCGCACCGACCGCAUUGCCACAGGCUUCACGGUGGAGGUGGACACCGACGGCACCCAGCUCUCCUUCAGCAACUUCGGCAACCUGCACCAGAAAGCCUACUACUGGCAGCUUCCUGAAGCCUACCAGGGGGACAAGGUAGAGUGCAAGGCCAACAACAGCCAAAAGCUUGGCCGCCCCCUUGCCAUUUUGGACACAGGGCCAGGAGAUCCAGUCAAUAUGUCAUCCUCCAAUGAUAAGCGCCUGGACAAUGAGAUGUGGGAUCUCAGUUCCAGCUCCUCCAAUCAGCCUGCAGUCCCAGGGCCCCACUCCUCACUCACAUCCUCCUCCUCUCGCCACCUUGGCCCCCCAUCUCCGUCAGGUUUGUGCGCCCCGGCCCCUCUCUCACCCCUCUCCCGCUCCUCCUCUCACCAGCUCGGCCCCCCGUCUCACUCAGGAAUCGCUCAACCAAAGGAUCAGAGUCCUGCUCAAGAGCUCAUCGGUCUCUCUUUCCCACGGGGGUGUUCACAGGGCAGGCGUUGGGCUCAUCAGGGUGCCAACAGCGUCAGGCCAUACGGCACCAGGCCAACCACCACAGGAAAGUACGCUUUGGUCUACAAAGGGUUCAGCUUGCAUCCUGAGGAUGUCCUCUACUGGCAGCUCCCUCCAAUGUUCAAAGGGGAUAAGGUGGGCUCCUACGGUGGGCGUCUGAGGUACACCCUCUCCUUCAUCGCCAGUACCAGGGGAAUGCCCAUCGAAGACGCUGACAUUCAGAUCAUUGGCAAUGACAUCACACUGGUGGCACAGCAGUCUUGGCAGAGGGCGCCGGGCACUCGAGAGUCCCGUGAAUUUGAGAUUGCCUUCAAAGAGGAGAACUGGCGUCGCCCUGACGGGAUGCCAGCCACCCGCGAGCACCUGAUGAUGGUCCUGGCCGACCUGGACGACGUCCUGAUCCGCGCCUCCUACUACACGGACAUGCUGUCGGCCAGCAUCUCAGGGGUCAGCAUGGAGGUGGCCGCCCCGAGCUACAACGGCCUGGGCCGAGCCCUGGAGGUGGAGCAGUGCCGCUGCCCGCCCGGGUACCAGGGCCUGUCCUGCCAGGACUGUGCAGCUGGCUACACGCGCACCGGAGGUGGCCUCUACCUGGGCCACUGCGAGCUGUGCGACUGCAAUGGGCACUCAGACACCUGCCACCCUGAGACGGGCAUCUGCACGAGCUGUCUCCAUAACACCAUGGGCGAGUUGUGUGAGCUGUGCGCUCCUGGGUUCUACGGAGACGCCACCACCGGAACACCUGAGGACUGCCAACCCUGCGCCUGUCCACAUACUGACCCCGACAACCAGUUUUCCCUUACCUGUGAGAGCUUAAGUGCAGGAGGUUACAGGUGCACGGCCUGCCAGCCUGGCUACACCGGCCAGUACUGCGAGCGCUGUGCUCCUGGAUACGAGGGAAACCCACAGGAAAGGAUCAAGUGUCGCCCAGAUGGCAGCGCCGCCUCCCUGGUGGUGAAGGUGCACCCAGAGAGGGUGGUCGUGGCCCAGGGCAGCCCCGUAACCCUCAGGUGCCAGGUGACCAGCUCCCCACCCCACCUCUACACCUGGUCCCGUGAGGACGGGCGACCAGUGUCCAGCAACGCGGAGAGACGCAGCUCCUUGCAAAGUGAGGAGCUGUAUUUCGCCAGUGUCCAGCCCAUCGACGCAGGUGUCUACAUCUGCACCUGCCAGGACCAGCGGCACACAAACAGGAGCCGGGCCGAGAUUGUGGUCACCACUGGUUUGGCCAAACCAAUUCAAGUGACAAUCGAGGAGCCCAAAGCACAGAGCGUGUCCGUGGGAUCAACGGUCACCUUCAUCUGCACGGCCAAGAGCACGUCCCCCGCGUACACCCUGGUCUGGACCCGGCGCAACAACGGCAAGCUGCCCAGCCGGGCCAUGGACUUCAACGGCAUCCUCACCAUCCAGAACGUCCAGCCGGAGGACGCAGGCAUGUACGUGUGCACCGCCUCCAACAUGUUGGCCAUGGACGAGGGCACAGCCAUCCUCUACGUGCCAGAGGCCUCUCAGACUCAGAUGUUUUACACGGCCUAUGAAAUGUUUGAAGGACAUAGAGCGCCUGCUGAAGCCUCCCAACCCAUCGCCGUCAUCAACCCCACCGUUCUGACCAUCCAGCAAGGCCAGCGGGCCGAGUUCCGCUGCACGGUGACCGGGAGCCCGACGCCAUCUGUUGAGUGGACGGGUGGCCAGGGUAACCCAGUCACCCCCAACGCCAUCAUCCGCGGUGGCGUCCUGACCAUCCCAGUGGUGGAGCGCUCGGACGAGGGGGAGUACUUCUGCAAGGCGGCGAACGCGCAUGGGGAACACACCGCUCGGGCUGUUCUCUACGUCCACAGUGCCAGUCUGCCUCAUGUCCAGGUGAGCCCCCAGCGCGUGGAGAUUCGUGAGGGGGAGACGUUGAGGCUGUACUGCAGGGCCGGGGGCACGCCCAGGCCAGCCCUCUCCUGGAAGAAGAAAGAAGGCCCGCUGCCCCCCCGGGCCAUUCCCUCUCAUGGUUUCCAUCAGUUUAAAACCGACAGCCUCGAUGUGUUACAGAGACGUAUCGCAGAGAUGCAGGCACACGAAGAGCGCACUGACAUCGGCACCCUAGUCAUCUCCGGCGUCCAGGCCGAAGAUACGGGCACCUACCUGUGUUUGGGCACCAACGGCAUUGGCACUUCCGAGGCGCGCGUCGACGUGACCGUAGUGCAGGCUUUCUCUCCUUUUCUGUCCCCAGGAAUUGCGUCUGAAAUCAGGAUCCAGCCUCCCAUUGCCACUGUGCAGGAAGGACAAUCAUUGGACCUCAGCUGCAUCGUCCCCGGAGACCCACCGCCCUCUGUCACCUGGCAACGAGUGGGCAGGGCCCUCUCCUCCAAUCAUCAGGUUCUGGGGGCCCAGCUGCGGAUUCUCCGGGCCACCGCGUCUGAUUCUGGGGAGUAUAUCUGCCGGAUCAACGGUGGCCCAACGCUCAGGCAGGCUUCCGUGUCUGUUUCUGUGACUGCCAGCUCCGCCCGCCUCCAGACGCCCAUCAUCUCCAUCGAGCCCCACAGCACCUCGGUCCGCCUGGGCGAGUCCACCAGCCUGCGCUGCCGCAUCCACAGCGGGACGCACCCCAUGCGCCUCGAGUGGAAGAUGGUCAACGGCCGGCCCCUGCAGGAUAAUGUGAAAAUAGGACCGGAUGGCUCUGUCCUCACCAUUGUCAAGAGUCGCCGCAGCAACCAGGGGACCUACCGCUGUGUGGCCAGCAACAGCUUCGGCAUAACCCAGAGUCUCGCGUCCCUCAUUGUGAAAGACGGUCCUAAAGUGACAGUGACCCCCAGGGGUAUUGUGGUGGUGAGGAUGGGUGACCCCAUCAACCUGGAGUGCCAGGCAACGGGCGAGCCACGCCCAUUUGUCAGCUGGCACAGAGAGAAUAAUGCCCACAAGACUGUACUCAAUAGCCCCUUGCUCAUGGAUUCCAAUGCUGUGAUGCAGGUGCUGGUGGCCCGGCCAGAGGACUCUGGGACGUACACCUGCGUGGCCCAGAACAGCGAGGGCUCCACAGAGGCGAAGGUGGAGGUGAUCGUGCAGGGCGGGCCGCUGGUGCCCUCUGUGCCCCGCGCCUCGGUGCCCGAACCCCUGAUGCUGGUGGUUGAGGGACAGACCGCCACGCUGCGCUGUGACGCCCACGGCUACCCCACCCCGACUGUUACGUGGUCUAAGCUGCGUUCCCCCAUACCCUGGCAGCACAAAGUGGUGAACAACACCCUGAUUUUGCCCAACGUUGGGCGCCAGGACUCUGGCCAGUACAUCUGCAAUGCCACCAACAACCUAGGCACCACUGAGGUCACUGUCAUGUUGGAUGUGGAGACACCCCCCUACGCCACCUCUCUCCCGGAUGACCUCUCCGUGCGCGUCGGCGAGGUGAUUCGCUUGCAGUGCCUGGCUCAUGGGACUCCGCCCCUGCAUUUUGAUUGGACUAAAGUCGAUGGCAGCCUUCCCGCCAAGGCGGAGGUUCAGGCUGGCAACCUCCAGAUCAACCUGGCAACUGAGGCGGAUGCAGGAACCUACAGGUGUAAAGCCACCAAUAAAGUGGGCUCCAGCGAGGCCCUGGCCAAAGUCACUGUCACAUCGCCUCUGGCAGUUCGUGUGUCCCCCAAUGUGGAGGUGAAAGCGCGAGGCAGCUCUGUGGAGUUCACAUGCUCAGCCAACGGGGGCUUCCAGACCUCCAUCGAGUGGCUGAAGGAGGGCGGCCCACUGCCCCCCAACCACCAGGUUAAGGACGGUGUGCUGAGGAUCGAGAACCUGGAGCAGAACGAUGGAGGCUUCUACAUCUGCCGCGCCACCAGCGAGUUCGGCCAGGCCCAGGACAGCGCCAAGCUCACCAUCCAAGCCCUGCCCAAGGUGAUGAUCAACAUCCGCACCUCGGUGCAGACAGUGGUGCUGGGGAGCUCGGUGGAGUUCCACUGCCAGGCCAUCGGCGAGCCCCAGCCCACCAUCCGGUGGAGCAAGGUGGGGGCCGUGCUGCCCGCCCACGUGCUGGUGCAGGGGGGCAUGCUGAGGAUCGAGCAGGUGGCCCACGGCGAUGCCGGGCAGUACCGCUGCACCGCCACCAACGACGUCGGCUCUGUGCAGUCCCAGGUCGUCCUCAACGUCCAGUCCCUGCCCCAGAUCAUAGCCCAGCCCGAGGUGAAGGACGUGACAGUGGGUUCCACCGCUGUCUUCCCCUGCACAGCCACUGGGCACCCAGUCCCACAGGUCACAUGGUCCAAGAUGGAUGAGGAGCUCCCGUCCAAGGCGACAGAGGAGGCCCACACACUGACCAUCCCGAAUGUGACUGAGGAGGACGCAGGAACGUACAUCUGCACGGCCUCCAACAAGCAGGGCAAGAUCCAGGCCUUCUCCACACUCAACGUUCAUGAGAGAGUGGUGCCCUAUUUCACCCAGACACCUCUGUCUUACCUCACACUGCCUACUAUUAAGAAUGCCUAUAAGGCCUUCUCUAUCAAAAUCACCUUCCGGCCAGACAACGUGGACGGUCUCAUACUGUAUGCUGGAAUGAUCAUCUACAAUGGGCAGAGGAAGACCACAGGAGCUGACUUCAUCUCUUUUGGUCUGGUGGGUGGCCGCCCAGAGUUCAGGUUCGACGUGGGCUCGGGCAUGGCCACUAUUCGCUACCCGACCCCCAUCAAGCUGGGCGAGUUCCACACAGUGGAGCUGUACCGGAACCAGACGCAGGGCUCCAUGGUGGUGGACGGAGAUGCCCCCAUCAAUGGCAGCUCCCAGGGUAAAUUCCAAGGCCUGGAUCUGAACGAGGAACUGUACGUGGGCGGUUACCCAGACUACAGCUUCAUUUCCAAAACUACGGGUCUCAACAGUGGCUUUGUGGGUUGCAUUCGUCAGCUGAUCAUCCAAGGGGAUGAAGUAAUCUUCAAAACCCUGGACCGCAGCUCCACCGGAGUCUCCAACUGUCCCACCUGCAGAGAUCGUCCCUGUCAGAACGGGGGCGUGUGUCGAGACUCAGAGACCAGCAGCUACAAAUGUGACUGUGCCAGAGGGUUCACCGGGAGCAACUGCGAGCACCACUCCGCCCUGCACUGCCACCCAGAAGCCUGCGGGCCGGAUGCCACCUGCAUCAACCGUCAGAACGGCCUGGGCUACGACUGCCGAUGCCACCUGGGCAAAUCUGGGGACAAAUGCAUGGAAGGCACCUUGGUGACCACUCCCCUGUUUGAUGGUGAGGACUCCUUCAUCGCCUACCCGCCCCUCACCAAUAUCCACAACGACCUGCGGGUGGAGCUGGAGUUCAAGCCCAGCGACCCAGACGGUCUGAUGUUCUUCAGUGGGGGGAAGAAGAUGAAGGUGGAGGACUUUGUGUCCCUCUCCCUGGUUGACGGACAUGUGGAGUUCCGCUACGAGUUGGGGACAGGCAUGGCGAUCUUACGCAGCAGGGACCCCGUGACCCUGGAAGAGUGGCACCGAGUCACCGCCGAGCGCCUCAACAAGGACGGCUUUCUGAAGGUGGACCAGGCACCGGAGGUCAGGAGGUCAUCACCGGGGAAGGCCCAAGGCCUGAACAUCCACACCCCAAUGUAUCUGGGUGGGGUCCCCAGCAUGGACAUCCUGCCCAAGCCAGCCAAUAUCACCAUGCUGUUUGAGGGCUGCAUAGGAGAGGUGUCCAUCAAUGGGAAGAAGGUGGACCUGUCCUACAGCUUCACUGAGAGCAGGGCCAUCAGCCAGUGCGUGGACUCCAGCCCCUGCGACCGCCGCCCCUGCCUCCACGGGGGCUCAUGCCUGUCCAGCGCCGAAUACGAGUACCAGUGCCUCUGCCGGGAGGGGUAUGAGGGUGAGCGCUGUGAGGUGGUGAAGGACGCCUGCCAGCGUGACGCCCAGUGCCAGAACGGGGGCAGCUGCACCAACCACCGGUGUGUAUGUGCCGCAGGGUACACCGGCCGAUUCUGCGAGAACGAUUCCCCGAUUCAGUAUAGCGCAUUCUUCCAUGAUGACGGAUACCUGACUCUGCCCAAGCCGAUGUUUCCUAGAAGCGCCCCUGACGCCCCGGAGACCAUUGAGCUGGAGAUCCGCACCACCUCGCCGGAGGGGCUGAUCCUGUGGCAGGGGGUGGAGCCGAUUGGUGCUUUCCGCAGGCUGCAUGCUAGAAACAAGGAACUUGGAGAACAGGGAAAGGGCAAAGACUUCAUAAGCCUUGGCUUACAGAACGGACACCCUGUUUUCAGCUACCAGCUGGGCAGUGGAGAAGCCGAGAUUAUCUCCAAAGAGCCAAUCAAUGAUGGCAACUGGCACAAGCUAACUGCAGUGAGGACCGGUAAACAGGGCUACCUCCAGAUUGACGGAGGGCCCCCUCGAAAAGGACAGUCACAGGGGAAGAUGAUCAUGGUGGACACCAAAGGCAACAUAUUCCUGGGCGGGGCUCCGGACAUGACAGCGCUGACGGGAGGGAAGUUCUCCUCGGGGAUCACGGGCUGCAUUAAGAACGUGGCGCUGACCAACGUGCGGCCCGGCGAGCAGCCGUCUCGGCCAAUCGACCUGCGGGUCCACGCGGAGGACGGCGUCAACGUGGAGCGGUGUUCGCCAUAGCCCCCUCCCCCGCCCCGCCCGCGCGAAUGGAGACAAGGCCCAGAGACUUCAGAGAAAAAAACACUCACACACACACUCACACGCAUACACAGACACACAGACACACACACCUGCACACACAAACACAUACACUUGCCAGCGAAAUGGUGCUCAGCUGUUACCAAAAAUACAAAAACAUUGUCUUUGCUCUGUGCUGCAUAAAACCAAAAAAAAACUAAACAAUGUUAGCUUUUCUCACAAAAUCUUCCUCGUUUUUGCAUUGUCAAUGAAGGACUAUUUCUACAGAAUAUCUGUCUCAGUUUACAUGCUCCCAGCAGUAGCUUUUAACCAUGAAGAGAAACAAACAGUAGGCCUUCCACAAUGGGCCAGUUUUUUCAGAGUUGAAGAUGUUUUAACAGCACUGAAUUUUUAUUUAUAUACAUAUAUAUAUUUGUGAGGGGGUGGAGAGAAUACAAACUAACCAUAACUUGCUCUUCUGUUUCCUGGAGUUGAUUCUGGGUCCUAAUACUGUGUGUCCAAGGCUUUUUGGCCUAGUUGUGUUAAUACUUGAAGAUGUUUUAGGCCUCCUCUCUCUCAUCUAUCUUAGCUUUUCCUUUCCCACAACCAUUUGAGCAAGCAUGCUCAGAGCUUUCUUUUUUUAACAAUGGGGGGCAAAGUCUAGAGUCACGGCACAAGUAGAAUCAGGAUACCGGAUCUCAGGUGAAGAAGCUAUGCAAAAAAUAAUAAAAUUAAAUAAAAAACACAAAAGCAAUGGUGCCUUCUGUCAUGCCAGACCACUUGGUUUUGUUCCAUUUGUUUUUUUUUUUUUAAUAUAGGAAAUGAUGUGCCUUCCGUUAAAAUUUCUUGGUGCUGUUGGUGACAGAAGUGAUCAAACUCAGCCUGAGUUGAGUUAAUGUCAGGAAGAAAGUCACUUCCGUGUCACUGCUGUUUUCCGUGACCUUUUUUUUGAAACUGCUUAGCUUUUUUCCCAACUCUACCCCCACCCCCCACCCACCUCACCAUAUUAUACAGUACAGCAUUCA